AUGGGAGCCUGCUGCAUCCAGUAUGUCCUGCUCCUCUCUCUGCUGGGCUUCUUCCCCUGCUCAGAUACUCUGACCUGUCAGGAGGGAUCCAUGAUACGCAUGGGUAAUGAUCUCAUGAAGAAAGCAGUUUUAUGGAGAGAAAAGAAGACCAUGAUAACUAUGGGUGAAGAGAUGUGUCAGGAGGUAUUUCUGCUCAUAAAUGUAGGUGAAAAAUCUGUCAUAAUAGGAAGCAAAGGUGCCAGCACAGUGAGGCAUAGGAAUGUCAGAAACAUCACAGUGUUUUCUCGUGGACCUGGGAUAAUGAUUAUCAAUUUUUACCACGUAUGUGACUUUGACCUGUGCAACACAGUUAACAGCAGCAGAGUCCUUCUUGACUCCCUCCCUCGUGUAGCCCCUCCUGUGCCAGGAAAUGCCCAGUGUCGUGUCUGCUUGAAUUUUAAGGGUGCUUGUAACCACAAGUCCAAGCUUGUCUUCUGUCCUAGAGGCACUCGUUGUUAUAAUACUGAAUUGGUACUCCAAGGAGGUGGCAUCAGUGCAGUCAUUAGCAUUUCUGGAUGUCUAUUCUAUCCUCAAAAACUCUUAUUCAAAAAUCAAAGUUCAAUUGGGACGAUCUCCAUAAAAGAAACCCGUCUUCCAUCAAAGACCAUCAAUUUGUUCUCACAUGUACUUGUCCCGGGCACCCUCCCAGCCUGGAUGUUAGGGCUCAGGGCUCUUCUCAGCCCUUUGUGUGCAGGGAUUUGUCCUCUCUGCUGA